AUGACAAGUACAUCUGAAUCUAUUGGUAUUCUUGAUUUAAUUUUAUCUGAACAUAAAUAUAUGCGUGAUGAAUAUGAACACUUCAAAAGUGUUGAUGAUACUGCUGAACUUAAUCCACGUGUACGUGAUUGGAUUGCUUAUGUAGCAUUACAUGGACAUAAAGAAGAAAUAGCAUUUUAUCCGAAAGUUGAAGUUUAUUUAAAAGAUGAAAAAAAAGGUGGACAUCAUUUAAUUGAACAUGGAAUAAAAGAACAUCGUGAACUUGAAGUUGAAUUAAAAAAAUUAGCUGAACAAUCAACGAUUACUUGGGAACAAAUAAGAAAAGCAGUUGCUAAAUUAAUGCAUCAUUUAGAUGAAGAAGAAACCGAUAUUAUUGAACCACUUCGAUCAAAACUUGAUCAAAAACUUCAACUUGAACUUGCUCAACAAUUUAUCGAUGCAGGUCGACUAGCAUCUAAAAAACCUCAUCCUGAGAUGUCGAAAAAUCCUGAAAAAGCUCCACGAGAUAAUAUUGAUGUUGGAUUAGCUGAAAAACGUUAA